GCCGGGUCAUGCCAGCGACCAAUCAUUACACAACGAUUGGCGUCUCCAUUAUUGUAGUUGUCAAUUCAUGCAUGCUGGCCAGUCUGCAUCCCUUUUGAGAACGUCCAAGGUCGCUACGCUAUAUGCAAGGCAUGCCUUUCUCUUCUUUACCACUCGAGCUUCUUUAUUAUAACCUGAACCCCCAACACCCCUUGUGGCAGUACCUAUUAUAUUCCACUUUCGACAUGAACCAGCCUGAGGAGCCCAGCAGCAGGCAGAUAUCCGGAUUCAUUCAAGGGCUGGCGGCAAGCCUUGGGAGGACUGAGGUUCGGACCCAAACAGAAGCUCGCUUGCGCAGUGAUAGCAUUGUCCGCACAAUCGACAAACUUAGUAGUACAAACAUAGAGACUCCGAGCUACAUUGCUGACCUGCCCGAUAUUAGACAUCCUAUUCCGGCUGGUGCCGCGGCGCCGACACUUUGUAUGGUGACUCGGCUCGCAAGCAUGAAUGUGCUCAGAGCUGAAAUUGAUCACCACGUUUCCAGGGACCCAGGCCAACAGCAGUCUCGUAAGACUGACAAUAGGCCGCUUUCUCGAGUUCGCGCAGGGAUGCAAAGCACCCAGUUGACGCACAACCAAAAGAUUUUUUCUGGUUGUAGCGGCAAUGGGAAGAGCUACCUGAUGCUCCAGAUUGCAGCGCAUAUUAUCCGGCAGUACAGCAACGCACGCGUGGUCUUUGUCAGGAACUGCAACGAAUGGGCCAACUACAGAGGGUUUCUGGUCGACGGCCAGCCAGCAGCCGACUGGGGAGCCAAAAUUGCGUACCUGGUGCAAGCAAUGUUUGUCGGGUUCUACGGUGAUGAGGGAUUCAGCGAGAUCUUCCAGAACAUCGAUGAGGUUUCGACAACCAAUGUUCGCACAUUUGCUGCAAAGCUUGCGAAUGGAUUGUUCAACUUCUGUAUUGCCAGAAAGGCAGAUGUCAGCAGUAACGGGAAAACGGCCAGUCUGCCACUCUGCCCUUUCUUUUUCUUUGACAACAUCGAUGCUGUGUUUGGACCUGCUGAAAUCUCCAACCGUGAUGUCCAGAUCAUCAUUCACGAGCUCAAGAGCCAGGGGUUCUUUAUCAUUGGUGCGCCGCAGAACAACGCCUACAUGGAACAGAUGUCUGGCAGUACCCCGCUGUUUGUCCCAACCUUUAUCCCGCGUGUACUGAAACAGGAGGAGGCAUAUGAGUAUCUCAAACAGAGAUAUGACCUGGACCACUUGGACGAUGAUGACAUGGAGAGAAUCCAGACAGUGAAGCGGCACACUGAUUUCUUCCCCGCAGAAAUCGAUGCUUUCUUGGAGAUAUUGGACAACAGCCCUGAUGGUAGAGCGAUCGGCAGAUGGGCAGCCCCGGGUCCCAACGAACUGGAUGUAAUCACCCAACCGAACACAGGCAGCCCGGUAUUCGACACCAACUAUUUGAACCACCGAUGUGCCGUAUUCCGGGUCUAUCAUGCAAUCCAUGUGACGAGUGUGCCAGUAAUUAAAGGAGGCGGAAUCCCAUUUGCUAACCAUCCGCAUGUUCAGCCUGCUAGUGAUAGCACCGGCUACACCUUUUCAUCGCCCCGGCGUGGAUAUUUUUCGUUCCACGAAGUGUUCCCUCGCGGCCAGGAUCCGUUUAGCGAUGUGGCAACCCUUUUUGGUGGGGAUGAAGACGAUAACGGGCGAGUUGCCUUUGCAGGCAUUGUUUUCAUGAUCCGCAAUGGUGCUAGGCUGGUUGGUCCUGCUCUUCGAGGGAACAUACAGAAUGCACCUGAUCCGAACUUUGAGCGUAUUCUACCCCAGCGCCUGGAGUCCAAGGCACCACAGACACACGACGAGAUCCUCGAUGCUAGAGAUAGCUGGACCGGAGACGCGCGUGUACUCGCAUUCUACGAUACCUCGCUUAAGGCGAACGGCGUUAAUGCAAUGCGCGGCUUGGACUUUGUCCUAUACACCGUAGGCGACCCCGCAGUCAGAAUCGGGUUCUUCAUCACAGCUAUGGUCCCUUCAGCUAUUGAGCUCCAGGAUAUCAUCAUCCAUUGCACUGGGAAACUGAUCAACUGGGAUGAGCUACACACGAGGGAUGUGAACGACUAUAAAUUCGCAUCCAGGGACCGUAUUGCGCUGGGCAUCGCUGAGGCAGCCGAGACAUACUAUCGACUUUAUAAUGGAAGCAGCGUGUGCAAUGUGUACUUGGUUACGAGCCAUGAAGCAGCCCAGAUUGAUCCAAGCUACAAAACGAGGAUGCUGUCACUCGCUCUCAGAAAUUCGGAUGUGACCGUCAAUAUCCAGCUGCGUGUCAUCGAUAUCAGGGCUCUUGAUGGAGGAAGGACCCGGUUCGACUUUCGUAGGUCCGCUGCCACAGGCCUAUCGGCUGCUCAGGAGGCGGUGCCUGCCGCUGAUUAGCUAUCAUCAUAGUAUGCUCCGCUGGUAAUAAACAAUUCAACCACCAAUCCAUAUCCC